AUGAAAGAAAAUACUUGUCUUAUUUGUAUUGAUGGUUGGGGUAUUUCCUCAGGAGAUUCUACUGGUGAUGCAAUUCUUAAUGCAGAUACACCUAUAAUGGAUAAAUUUAAGGUAGAAUAUCCUUAUACAACAUUAGAGGCUCAUGGUUUGGCUGUUGGGUUGCCUGACGGACUCAUGGGUAAUUCUGAAGUUGGUCAUUUGAAUAUUGGUGCAGGUCGUAUAGUUUAUCAGGAUAUUGUAAGAAUUGAUUUGGCUGCUAAAAAAAAAGAAUUUCUUAAAAUUGAAAAUAUUAGAAAAUCUUUUGAGCAUGCCAAAGAAACAUCAAACAGAAUUCAUUUUCUUGGUUUAGUGUCUGAUGGAGGUGUCCACAGUCACAUCAAUCAUUUGAUCUGCCUUUUGGAAUCUGCAAAAAGUAUAGGUAUUUGUGAUGCUUAUGUGCAUUUUUUUGGUGAUGGGCGUGAUACCGAUCCUCGUUCAUCUGAUAAAUAUCUUGAACAGCUCCAAAAAGUUUCAGGUGAAAUUAAUUAUGGUAAAAUUGCUACCAUGACUGGAAGAUAUUAUGCUAUGGAUAGAGAUAAAAGAUGGGAAAGAAUUAAGAUUGCAGUUGAUGAUGAAACUGAUGAGUUUUUAAAACCAAUAAUUGUUAAUGAAGAAGGACUUAUCAAAGAUAAUGAUACAUUGUUUUUUUUUAAUUUUCGAUCUGAUCGAAUGCGUCAAAUUGUCCAGACUCUUGGUAUUUCACCACCACCAUUUGAGAUUGAGAUUCCAAAAAAUCUUCAUAUCACAACUAUGACAAGAUAUAAAACGGAAUUUUCAUUUCCAGUGGCAUUUUCUUCACAAAUUAUGGAUAAUAUUUUAGCUGAAUGGCUUUCAAAGAAUAAGAUUCCUCAAUGUCAUGUUGCAGAAACCGAAAAAUAUGCACAUGUAACAUUUUUUUUUAAUGGAGGAGUGGAGAAACAAUUUGAACUUGAAUGUCGCCAUCUAAUUCAAUCACCAAAAGUAGCAACUUAUGAUCUCAAACCAGAAAUGUCAGCAUUAGAAAUUGCAGAAAAGGUUGUAGAAGAAAUAACUUGUGGAAAGUUUCCUUUCAUCAUGUGUAAUCUUGCAAAUCCUGAUAUGGUAGGUCAUACAGGAAUUUAUGAAGCAGCAGUGAAAGCUGUUGAAACAACCGAUAAAGUUAUUGGUUUGAUAUACGAAGCUUGCAAAAAAAAUAACUAUAUACUUUUCGUUACAUCUGAUCAUGGUAACGCUGAGCAAAUGAAAGGUGAAGAUGGUAAUCCUCAUACUGCUCAUACUUGUAAUCCAGUUCCCUUUGUUAUGACAUCAAAGAAUCAUUCAUUCACCGAAUCUGCAAAAGGUGCAUUGUGUGAUGUGGCUCCCACAAUUUUAGAUGUCAUGGGGUUAGAAAUACCAAAAGAAAUGACCGGCACAUCAUUAUUAAAAAAAUAG